GAGAUUGAAUUAAAUAUUUCAUUGCAGGGAUGCAUCACAAGCUUCAGAUGUUUACAUGUUCAGAAGGAUAAACGGGUUUUAUGAUGAGGUUUUUUAAUCAAAGCGGUGGUUAAUUCUGAUUAUUUCACAUGAAAUACCAUCUUUCCUUCACACUGGAUGUCAUUGAUCCUCCAAUGAACCAGCGAGCUGUUCUGUUCUGAGAGGAAAACACGAGCUCUGAAUAAAGCGGAGGAGCGGCGCGCGGCUGCGCGCGGCUGCGCACGCGGAGAGGACGUAGUAGCUGCGACACCGAGAGGAAGGCGCGACUAGGAGCCAGAGGAUGCAGUGAGGAGCCUUGAAUCCGCAGCUCAUUUUCAGGCGGGGGUGAGGGCGGACUUCACCGAACCAUGUCGAACAUGAGCGUGAUCAAAGCCGGGCUGGAAGGCAGGGCGGACGGCGGCGGCGGCGGCGGCUCUCCGAGGCUCCAGCCGUGCGCGCAGCCCCCCAACAACAGCGGCGGCGGCGGCCGGACCAAAGACGCCAGGUACCAGCAGCAGCUUCAGCACCAGCUCCAGCAGCAGAGGCAUCAUGGUGGGUCGAUGCUGAAGCAGCCGUCCCACAACGAGCCGGCGGACGUGGUCAGGCGCGCGCUGGACUUCAAGAGCCAGGGCACGCAGUGCUACAAGGAUAAGAAGUACCGGGAGGCCAUCGGGAAAUACCACCGCGCUCUGCUGGAGAUCAAGGGGCUGUGCAGGGUUCUGGGGGACCCGGACGCGGGCUCCAACUCCCCGUCGUCCUUCCUGCCGUCCAUCGGCAGGUCCAGCCCGCUGACGGACGAGCAGAAGGGGGCGAUGGAGAACGCGGAGCUGGAGUGUUACAACAGCCUGGCCGCUUGCCUUUUGCAGAUGGAGCUGGUGAACUACGAGCGCGUGAAGGAGUAUUGCUUGAAAGUCCUUCUUAAAGAAGGGAAGAACUUCAAGGCUCUUUACCGAUCUGGAGUGGCCUACUACCACCUGGGAGAUUUCCAGAAGGCCCUGCACUACCUGAAGGAGUCACAUAAACAGGAGCCGUCAGACACCAAUGUCAUCCGCUACAUCCAGCUGACAGAGAUGAAGAUUCGCCGAAAUGCCCAGAGGGAAAAGAAGGAGGCGACAUAAACGCUGGCCGUCUCCACCCCCCCCCUCCCCACAGCCCUACUGUGUGUCACCCAGACCUUAAACACCACAAACCCCGCAGGUCACGGCGUGAGAUGAUGUUAGUUUGCUUUCGCCUUGCACAGUUGCCGGUCACUGAACUUCUUUGUUGUGUGCUUGGGAGUUUUUGCAUCCAGUUUUUUUCUCUUGAAAGCUCACCCUGACCCAUCCCGAGCGCGGCAGCGGUUAAAGGGCGAGGCCCCGCCGGUCCAAGGGCUGCACAUGCAGGCCAACGGUUCAGACAGGGAGAGGAGCAACCGUGCAGCACGUCUGCAGGCGCCUCUCGCUGCUCAAACUGGCACCUGUCCUCGCACAAGACCCGUUGGAAAUGCCUAGAGUAACAGCGGCCCACGCUGCUGCCACCGCUUUUCCAAGAGCUCAAACAACUCACCCUUUUUUAUACUUUAACCACACGUGAAAAGGCAACGUGAGCCACUUUCCACUGCUGACUUCAAGGAGAAGAGCUUGAGAGACAUAUCACUAACUGUAAAUAGUCUAAUUUAUAACAAACCACAAGAAAAUAUAGUGCAAAGGGAAGCUUUUUGUGCUUAUUAAUGCCAAAACGGAGCACUUCAUUCACAGCAUUUACUGUCUUUUGAAAUACUUUUUGUGUUGUGAAGGUGCAGUGUGCAAUAAAGGUUUCUGAGGAUUGAAA